AUGAUCAAGAAUUCAAAUGCAAACAACAAUGAUUCUUUUACUUCAUUCUCUUCACACAAAGAUAAUGAAGGUCUAGAUCCAAUACUUUUAAGUCAAAGAACAAAUGAUAAAAAGGAAUUUCAAUCAAUUACUCAACACUCAAGAGGGAAAGAUUCUGAAAAUAUAACAAGAACAAAUAGAAAACUUUCAUCAUCAUUCAAAAGACCUACAUCGUUAUUAUCCAAAACAUCAAGUCGGAAAAGUACUUAUAAUGAAAUUGAAGAAUUAGAUCAAGUAUUACUAAAAAAUUAUGAUAUUGGUGAUUCAAUUCAAUUAGAUGGAAAUUCCCAUAAACCAAUCAAUUUGAACCAUGGGAAUGUCCUUGAAGAAUUCAACAAAGAUGAUGAUCAUGAAUACAAUGAAGAUUUAGAAUUAGGUAGACCAACUUCCAAAGUGGAAAGAAUCUUCACAAACAAAUCAACAGGUGAAAUUGAUUUACCACCAGAUGGAGGAUAUGGUUGGGUUUGUGUAGCUUGUGUUGUGGCAAUUCAAGCAUGUACAUGGGGUAGUAAUGCAGGAUUUGGUGUUUUCUUACAAUACUAUUUAGAUAAUGAUGUUUUCCCCGGUGCAACUCAUAUGGAUUUUGCACUUAUAGCUGGUAUGAUUGUAUUUUGUGGACAAUUUUUUGCUCCUUUAGCUAUGAUUUGUAUGAGAUUAUUUGGGUUAAGAUUAAUUAUGUCCAUAGCUUGUUGUACACAUCUUAUCGGUUAUAUAUUGGCUUCAUUCGCCACAAAAAUAUGGCAUUUAUACGUUUGUCAAGGUUUUAUAGUGGGUGUAUCUUACUCAUUUUUAUUUGUACCUGCAAAUAUUGUUUUACCUAGUUGGUUUUUGAAAAAAAGAGGUACAGCAGCAGGUAUUUGCUUUGGUGGUACAGGACUUGGAGGUGUUAUAUUUUCAGUUGGUGUUAAUGCUACUAUCAAGAAAACGGGGACCCAAGUAUGGGCAUUAAGAAUGGUUGGUAUUGUAACAUGUUUUUUGAUUACACUUUCAAUUAUUUUCAUUAAACCAAGAAUACCAUUACAAAAAGAAUCAUUAACUUUACAAAAUGUUCUAAAUAAUUUCAAGACAAUGUUUGAUUCAAAAGUUUUAAAACAUCAAGCAUUAUGGUGUGUAUCUAUAUGGUAUGCAAUUUGUACUACUGGCUAUAAUAUGGUUAUCUUCUCAUAUUCAACUUAUGCAACAACAAUUGGGCUUUCACCAGGUCAAGCAUCUACUUUAACAGCUUUAAUUAAUGCAGCACAAAUCUUUGGUAGACCUUUUUUAGGUUUUGUUGCAGAUAGAUUUGUUGGUCGUAUAACUUAUCCUUUGAUACUUAAUAUGGUAUUGGCAAUUUUAAUAAUGGGGUUUUGGAUAAAUGCUAAAACUUUCAUAUCAUUAUUGAUUUGUGGAUUAUUAAUUGGGUUUAAUAUUGGUGUUAGUAGUGUUAUGAGCUCUGUAUUCAUUGCAGAUUCAUUUACAUUAGAUGAAUAUAUAUCAGGAUGGGCAAUAAUGAAUUUGAUUUUAGCUUUUUUUGCAUUACCAGUUGAGGUUAUGGCUUUAGGUUUAAGAGAUAACUCAAUUUCAAAUCCUUUCUUGUAUACACAAAUCUUUGGUGGAUUAUUAUUUAUUGCAGCUAUAUUUGUUUUAUUACCACAAAGGGAAUGGCAAGUUAAAUUAAGUUAUGAACGUCAAAAACAACAAUUUAUCAAUGAUUUACAGAAACUUGAUGAUAUUGUAAUUGGUGAUGAAGUCGAAUAUUUUGUGGAACAAACUGUUCAUUUGAAAGAAUUGAAAAAAGAUUUAAAAAAGAGUAUAGAUGAUUGUGAUGAAAUUUUGAGAAAAGAUAUUAAGCAUUAUUUUAAAAGACUUCUCUAUCCAAUGAAGAUUUGA